AUGUUGAAAAUGCUUAGCGAUACACGCUGGUCUUGUCGAGCUGAAGCUACAAAAGCUAUUGUCGACGGUUAUUCUGAAAUUAAAGAAGCUCUUACCAGCAUAAGAAGCAAAAAGAGAUCGAGAGAAUUGAAGCAACGCAUCUUUUGGAGCCAUUUUACGCUACAAACAAAAUCUUGCAGGACCCGAAGAUGCCUCUUGAUGUCAGACUUUAUCCCAGUGAUCGAUCAGCUAUGUGUUUCUCUUACUGAAAGAUUGCAUGCAUACGAUGAUGUACGUUCAAAAUUUGGAUUUCUUAAUCAUUUAGAGGAGAUGUAUGCUGCAAAUUUGUAUGCUGCAGCAGAUGAAUUGAGCGUAAUACAAAUGACAGGAUUUCGAUCGUUGGGUGAUGAAGAAGAGGUGGAAUUCGAAUGUCAAGUUUCAGACAAAGGUCUGGAAGCCACAAAAGUAACAGGGCCUCAAAGUACAGAUUGCAGGGGCUCCCACAGAAGACCGGCGUCAAAGAAAAGGUUCAGAAAAAUAAGGUGUUACAAUUGCGGGGAGUUCGCCAAUCACAUAGCGGCAAAAUGCACGAUGGGUCCGCAGCCGAAAAGAUGCCACAACUGUAAAAGUUCGGACCAUUUAAUCGCAGACUGUCCCACCAGAACGGAAAGGACCAGCAAAUCGGAAACGACAGAGGGCACGGAAAACGGAGCAGGAACGACACCGGACACCACCGCCAUCUGUGAGGCGGCGCCUCAAGCUAAACCAAACGAAUAACCGCCGAUAAUGAAGAUCGCUGUAAUUCUCCCGCGCUGGCUUUGAGCGUGGAUGGUAGAUGGCGGGUGUAUAUAUUUUUUGACUGGAAAUUCGAAAUUAGUUUUAGUUUAGGAUGAUGAUGUAAAUAAUUGCAGUAAUUUUGCGAACUUGUUCGUAAGGUUGUUGUGAUAGAGAGGUUAUAAAAUAUGCAACGGGAGUUUUUGCGUAUUUUGCAACUUAUGUGCAAUUUUUGACGAAUUUACAUAUCGCGCUGUGAAAUUUAAUUUUGAAUAUUAGUUUUUUUAUCAAAAAAAACUUAGAUUUGAAAACACAGAUGUAGGUAAAACAGUUUUCUUUUUUAAUUAAUAAUAAUACUUAAGGGACGAUUUUUACCAGUGACUAAAUUUAGGUUCCAUUAUU